AUGCCAACGCUUCCCGGGACCUCCCCCGGGGCCCCACACCGUCGGGUUCACCCAGGUGAACGCUGCUCGCUCCUUCUCCGGAGCCAGCGAGGAGCCCUUCCCCGGCAGCUCUGGCUCCCUCCAGAUCUGCCCGCCCCGAAGCCGGACCCGGAGCUGCAGGAGGACAUGGUGGGUCCGGAGCAUCCCAUUGCCCAGGCCCCGCAGGAAUUGGUAACAUUCAGUGAUGUGGCUGUGGACUUUUCCUGGGAGGAAUGGGGGCACUUGGCCCCUUCUCAGAAGGAGCUGUACCAAGAGGUGAUGUUGGAGAACUACAGGAAUCUUGUUGACCUGGGGCUUGCUGUUUCCAAACCAGAUGUGAUUUCCAGGUUGGAGCAAGGGAAAGCACCUUGGAUGCCAGAGGAAGAAGACCCAAGAUGCAGAUGUGCAACCUGGGAGAUGAGGCCUAAACUUCCAAAGACGGGCAUUUCUAUGGAUCUGUUAUCCCUGGAAAGACUCUCAAGUGAAAGCAGCUGUGACUCCAAAUUGGGAAAGUCAUGUGAAUGUACAGCCAGAUUAAAGAGGAAGCAGAACAAUGAAGAGAAACAUUUUCAAGUAAAAGUCAUCCAAAGAAACCCUUUCAAUGUAGUGAAGAGCAAUGACUAUAACAAAUGGUUUGGUUUAUGGCCAGUCCAUUCUCCACACCAGGGGAAAGAAGUAGAAAAAAGUCUCCACAAGUAUGAUAAAGAUCAAAAGAGCUACUCACUCAAUUCAGACCCAAGAAGAAACAGUGAUAUCUACUUAAAGAAGAUACUUUCCAAGUAUAAUGAAUGUGAAAAAUCGUUCGGCCAUAAUUCUACUUUUAUGGAAUAUCAAAGAAAUUGUAUUGGAGAGAAACUUUGUGAAUUUGAUGAAUGUGGGAAAGCCACAUGCCUUGACUCAUCCAUUGCUUCAUAUCAUAGGAUUCAUUCUGGAGAGAACCAGAAUAAAUCUGAUGAUUGUGGGGAGUUCUUUUCCCAGAGCCUACAACUUAUUGAACAUCAGGUAACUCCUCCUGGAGAGAAAGCUUAUGAAUGUAAUGAAUGUGGAAAGACCUUUAGAUGCAGUUCAUCCCUUACUUCUCAUCACAGGAUUCAUACUGGAGAGAAAUCCUAUGAAUGUAAUGAAUGUGGGAAGACCUUUAGAUACUGUUCAUCUCUUACUUUCCACCUCAGGAUUCAUACUGGAGAGAAACCAUAUGAUUGUAAGGAAUGUGGGAAAACCUUUGGCCAAAGUAUACAACUUCUUGAACAUCGCAGAAUUCAUACUGGAGAGAAACCAUAUGAAUGCAAUGAAUGUGGGAAGACCUUUAGACACAGCUCAUCCCGUAUUUCUCAUCACAGAAUUCACACUGGAGAAAAACCCUAUGAAUGUAAUGAAUGUGGGAAGGCCUUCAAACACAGCUCUUCUCUUAUUUACCAUCACAGAAUUCAUACCGGAGAGAAGUCAUAUGAAUGUAAGGAAUGUGGAAAGGCCUUUCGAGAGAGUUCAAAACUGACACGACAUCAAAGAAUCCAUACUGGAGAGAAACCGUAUGAAUGUAAUGAAUGUGGAAAGACCUUUAGUGGGAGAACACAACUUACUCGCCAUUGGCGAAUUCACACUGGAGAUAAACCUUAUGAAUGUAAACAGUGUGGGAAGGCCUUUUGCCAGAAGACCCAGCUUACUAAACAUCAACGAAUUCAUACUGGAGAGAAGCCAUACGAAUGUCAGGAGUGCGGAAAGGCCUUUCGCCAAAGGUCACAUCUCACUUGCCAUCAGGGACUUCAUUUUGGAAAGAAACUUUAUAAAUAUAAUGAAAAUCAAAAGGAUUUUAGUCAUACACUUUGCUGAAAAUUCUAGAAUGCAUAUUAAAAAGAAACUGUAGAUGAAGCGAAUUCUUUCAAUUAAUUCCUAUAAUAGCCAUUCCAAAUCUUUUCUUCUCUAGUUUCCAGACAACUUCUACAUCCAGUGCCAAGACUUAUUGCAGAUUUUCUCAGUGUGUGUGUAUAUGGGAGGAUCUCACUCC